AUGGCAAAUUUGGUCACCAACUGUGGUUUCAGUCCAUCUCCUGCUGUUAAGGCACACUGCAACUCACCAAGUUAUGGCCACAAUUUCAUCCGAUUACAAAAUUCGAAAUCUUCAACUUCAAGUCUGAACCUCAAAUCAUCUUCCAAGAGGUCAAAUAAGUUAUAUGUUACUUGUGCUAGUACUGCUGUACAAGGACAGACACAAACACCUCUUACUGGUAGUCAGCAAGCAUCUGGGCAAUCAUCCUCUAAACCCAAAAAAGUUAUGGUUAUUGGUGGAGAUGGGUACUGUGGCUGGGCAACUGCACUUCAUCUGUCCAACAAAGGUUAUGAGGUUGCUAUUGUUGAUAAUCUUGUUCGACGCCUUUUUGACCAUCAACUUGGCCUUGAUUCACUUACUCCCAUAGCUUCCAUUCAAAAUCGCAUUCGCCGAUGGAAAUCUCUUACGGGGAAGACAAUUCAGCUCUUCAUUGGUGAUAUAUGUGACUUUGAAUUCCUUUCAGAAGCUUUCAAGUCUUUUGAGCCAGAUUCUGCUGUCCACUUUGGUGAACAAAGAUCAGCACCAUUUUCUAUGAUUGAUCGUUCACGAGCAGUAUAUACACAAAACAACAAUGUUAUUGGAACACUUAACGUAUUGUUUGCCAUGAAGGAGUUUAGUGAAGAGUGUCAUUUGGUUAAACUAGGAACUAUGGGUGAAUACGGAACUCCAAAUAUUGACAUUGAAGAGGGAUUCCUCACUAUUACUCAUAAUGGAAGAACUGAUACCUUACCUUACCCAAAGCAAGCAAGCUCCUUCUAUCAUCUAAGUAAAGUGCACGACUCUCACAACAUAGCAUUUACUUGCAAGGCUUGGGGUAUAAGGGCCACAGAUCUUAACCAAGGCGUCGUCUAUGGAAUCAGAACAGAUGAAACUGCUAUGCAUGAAGAGCUGUCCAAUAGGUUGGACUAUGAUGGAAUCUUUGGAACAGCACUAAAUAGGUUCUGUGUUCAGGCAGCUGUAGGUCACCCGCUUACAGUUUAUGGAAAAGGCGGUCAGACCCGUGGAUACCUGGACAUCAGGGACACUGUGCAAUGCGUGGAGCUAGCAAUCGCAAACCCAGCCAAACCAGGCGAGUUCAGAGUCUUCAACCAGUUCACGGAGCAGUUCUCGGUCAACGAGCUAGCCAAGCUGGUGACCGCCGCGGGAGCGAAGCUGGGGCUGGACGUGCAGACCAAGUCGGUGCCCAACCCGCGCGUGGAGGCGGAGGAGCACUACUACAACGCCAAGCACUCGAAGCUGUCGGAGCUCGGGCUGGUGCCCCACCUGCUGUCGGACUCGCUCCUCGACUCGCUGCUCAACUUCGCCGUCCAGUACAAGGACCGGGUAGACACGGCGCAGAUCAUGCCCAGCGUGUCAUGGAAGAAGAUGGGGGCCAAGCCAAAGACGCGGUGCCGCCUUGUUCCUGAAGACGCGCGCAUUCCUUUCCUUCCAAAGUUCCCAUCCCACAAGAAGGAGAAGGAAAGAUAG